CCCAUCAUCAUCAUUCCCAGAAUGCACAGUGAGACGCCGAAACACGACCAGCCUCAGGACGCGCUGCUUAUCAUGGCGAUAUAACAUCUUUUCUUCUCCCUCGCCCCGAGACCUCCCGGCAGCAACUCAAAGAUUUCUGCCUCCGCUUCAUGAAAACACACGCUGAGCCCCGUGCAGAGCGGAGAGCCGCCGCCGCCGCCGGAGCUUCAUUCCAGAUUGGAGGAAGGACUUAGCGACCAGCGAGCGUCAUGGCAGCGUCGGAGCUGUACACAAAGUCUGCUCGGGUUUGGAUCCCCGACGCGGAGGAGGUGUGGAAGUCUGCUGAGCUCACCAAGGACUACAAGAAUGACGACGCCUCGCUUCAGCUCAUGCUGGAGGAUGGAACGACCAUCGAUCACAAGCUGGACCCCAAGACGAAGAACCUGCCUUACCUGCGGAACCCGGACAUCCUGGUGGGUGAGAACGACCUCACUGCCCUCAGCUACCUCCACGAGCCCGCCGUGCUCCACAACCUUAAAGUCCGCUUCAUCGACUCAAAGCUCAUCUACACCUACUGUGGAAUCGUUCUCGUGGCCAUCAACCCGUACGAGACGUUGCCGAUCUAUGGAACGGACAUAAUCAACGCCUACAGCGGGCAGAAUAUGGGAGACAUGGACCCACAUAUCUUUGCCGUGGCAGAGGAGGCUUACAAGCAGAUGGCAAGAGAUGAGAGAAACCAGUCUAUUAUCGUGAGUGGGGAGUCCGGAGCAGGAAAGACCGUCUCAGCCAAAUAUGCCAUGCGGUACUUUGCUACAGUCAGUGGCUCUGCCAGUGAGGCCAACGUAGAAGAGAAGGUUUUGGCUUCCAACCCCAUCAUGGAGGCCAUCGGAAAUGCAAAGACCACCCGGAAUGACAACAGCAGCCGCUUUGGCAAAUACAUCGAGAUCGGCUUUGACAAUCGAUAUCGCAUCAUCGGGGCCAACAUGAGAACAUAUCUGCUGGAGAAAUCCAGAGUGGUGUUCCAGGCGGACGAGGAGAGGAAUUACCAUAUCUUCUAUCAACUCUGUGCAUCAGCUAAUCAGCCUGAGUUCAAGAAUCUGAGGCUAAGCACCGCAAACGACUUCCUCUACACCAGGCAGGGCCGCAGUCCCGUCAUCGAAGGUGUAGACGACGCCAAAGAGCUUCGCACCACUCGCCACGCCUUCACACUUCUGGGUAUAAACGAGUCGUAUCAGAUCGGCCUGUUCCAGGUCUUGGCUGCUAUUCUUCACCUUGGAAAUGUGGAGAUAAAAGACAGAGACUCAGACAGCAGCCUUAUUGCUCCCAAAAAUCGUCACCUGACGGCGUUCUGUGAGCUGGUGGGCGUGACCUAUCAGGACAUGUCCCAGUGGCUGUGCCACAGGAAGCUGAAGACGGCCACAGAGACCUACAUCAAGCCCCUGCCCCGCCUUCAGGCCACCAACGCUCGCGACGCUCUGUCCAAACAUAUCUAUGCCAAGCUGUUCAACUGGAUCGUAGAGCAUGUGAACAAGGCUCUGGUCACCAACGUCAAGCAGCACUCCUUCAUUGGAGUCCUGGACAUCUAUGGGUUUGAAACGUUUGAAAUCAACAGCUUUGAGCAGUUCUGCAUCAACUACGCAAAUGAAAAACUGCAGCAACAGUUCAACAUGCACGUGUUCAAGCUAGAGCAGGAGGAGUACAUGAAGGAGCAGAUCCCCUGGACUUUGAUCGACUUCUAUGACAAUCAGCCCUGCAUCAACCUCAUAGAAGCUAAAAUGGGCAUCCUGGACCUGCUGGACGAGGAGUGCAAGAUGCCGAAAGGUUCUGAUGACUCCUGGGCUCAGAAGCUGUACAACACCCACCUGAAGACUUGUUCCCUGUUCGAGAAGCCGCGCAUGUCCAACCGCGCCUUCAUCAUCCAACAUUUUGCUGAUAAGGUCGAGUAUCAGUGUGAGGGUUUCUUGGAGAAGAACAAGGACACAGUAAACGAAGAGCAGAUCCACGUGCUGAAGGCCAGCAAGAAGUUCGACCUGCUGGUGGAGCUGUUCCAGGAUGAGGAGAAGGCGACCACCCCCACCGGCCAGGUGCCCGGCACUGGGGGCCGGACCCGCCUCAGCAUCAAACCGGACAAGGGUCGGGACACAAGCAGCAAGGAGCACAAGAAGACUGUGGGCUGUCAGUUUCGUAACUCUCUCCAAAUGUUAAUGGAGACUCUGAACGCCACCACUCCACACUACGUCCGCUGCAUCAAACCCAACGACUUCAAGCUGGCCUUCUCGUUUGAUCCAAAGCGAGCAGUGCAGCAGCUCAGAGCUUGUGGCGUUCUGGAAACCAUCCGCAUAUCUGCGGCCGGUUUCCCUUCCAGAUGGACGUACCAGGAGUUCUUCAGCCGCUACAGAGUGCUGAUGAAGCAGAAAGAUGUUCUCCCUGACAAGAAGCUGACCUGCAAGAACGUUCUGGAGAAAUUAGUACAGGACCAGGAUAAGUAUCAGUUCGGUAAGACUAAGAUCUUCUUUAGGGCCGGCCAGGUGGCGUACCUGGAAAAGCUGAGAGCGGACAAGCUGCGUGCCGCCUGCAUCCGCAUCCAGAAGACCAUCCGCUGCUGGCUGGCACGCAAGAAGUACCUGCGCCAGCGCAGCGCCGCCAUCACCAUUCAGAGGUUCACCAGGGGAUACCAGGCCCGCUGUUUGGCGAAGUUCAUGCGUCGCACGCAGGCGGCCACCGUCAUCCAGAAGUACCAGAGGAUGUGUGUGGAGCGGAAACGCUACAGGCAGAAGCAGGCGGCUGCGCUGGCCAUGCAGACCAUCCUCAGAGCCUACAUGGCCCGGCAGAAGUACCAGGCGCUGCUGCGGGAGCACAAGGCCGUCAUCAUUCAGAAGCACGUCCGCGGCUGGUUGGCCCGCUGCUGGUACAAGCGCUGCCUGGAGGCCAUCGUCUACCUGCAGUGCUGCAUCCGCAGGAUGAGAGCCAAGCGGGAGCUGAAGAAGCUGAAAAUCGAGGCUCGCUCGGUGGAGCACUUCAAGAAGCUCAACAAAGGCAUGGAAAACAAAAUCAUGCAGCUGCAGAGGAAGAUCGACGAGCAGAACAAGGACAACCGGGUGGUCAACGAGAGACUGGUCUCUCUGGAGAGUUCGUACGCAUCCGAGAGCGAGCGCAUGCGCGGCGAGCUGGGCCGGCUGCGAGGGGUGGAGGAGGACGCCAAGAACAAAACCAACCAGGUGUCGUCUCUGCUGGAGGAGCUGGAGAAGCUGAGGAAGGAGCUGAGCGUCACGCAGCAGGAGAAGAAGACCAUCGAGGACUGGGCGCAAAAGUACAGGGACGAAAUGGAAAAGAUGGUUUCCGAGCUGAAGGAUCAGAACGGCCUGCUGAAGAAAGAGAAAGACGACCUGAACAGGAUGAUUCAGGAACAGAGUCAGCAGAUGACAGAGAAAAUGACUCGUGCGAUCGCGCAGGAGACCCAGCAGCUGGAGACGGAUCUGAACGAGGAGCGCUCCCGCUAUCAGAACCUGCUGACCGAACACCUGCGCCUGGAGGAGAAGUACGACGACCUGAAGGAAGAGCUGGCUCACUCCACGAACGUCUCCAAACCGGGCCACAGGAGAACAGACUCCACCCACAGCAGCAACGAGUCGGAGUACACGUACAACUCGGAGUACGCCGAAUUAGAAGACGGUUCCCGCGUCGGCGAAGACGUGACGCGGGGAAUGGACACCUCGCUGACCCUGAAGCUGCAGAAACGCGUUACGGAGCUGGAGCAGGAGAAGCAGUCGCUGCGCAACGAGCUGGAGAACAGAGAGGAGCAGUUCCAGCGGGCUAGAGCCAGGGAUGAUGCACAGUUCAGGAAGGCUCGCGGAGCAGAGCUGGAGUACGAGUCCCUGAAGCGUCAGGAGCUGGAGUCGGAGAACAAGAAGCUGAGGCACGACUUGGCUGAGAUGAGGCAGAGUCUGCUGGGUGGCGCGGCCGCAGGCGCCGGCGCGCCGGGCUCACCCGCCUACAAGGUGCUCCUGGACCAGCUCAACGCUUCCUGUGAGGAGCUGGAGGUCCGCAAGGAGGAGGUGUUGAUCCUACGGUCCCAGCUGGUCAGCCAGAAGGAGGCCUUGCACCACAAGGAUGAGAAGGAAACCAUGACGGAGCCUUCGGUGUUUGCUCAGGAUGUGAACAAACUGAAAGACGCCGACGAGUUGAAGCAAGCCUACGUGGGACUCAAAGACACCAACAGGUUACUAGAGCAGCAGCUGCAGGCCCAGCGUAGGACGUACGACAGCGAGGUGGAGUCGCUGCGCGGCGAGCUGCAGAACGUGAAGGAGGAGAACAACCGGCAGCAGCAGCUGCUGGCCCAGAACCUGCAGCUGCCUCCCGAGGCCCGGAUCGAAGCCAGCCUGCAGCACGAGAUCACCCGGCUCACCAACGAGAACCUGGAACUCAUGGCCGACGACCCCACAGCGUCCAGAGAGGCUCGAGUCAUCAUAUUACGGCGGAUGGUUGAUCUGAUGGAGCAGCUGGAGAAGCAGGACAGAACCAUCCGGAAGCUGAAGAAGCAGCUGAAGGUUUACUCCAAGAGGAUCGGAGAGAUGGGGGCGGGUCAAGCCGAGGGACAGACGUCUCCGGGACAGAUGGUGGAGGAGCCCAUUCACCCGGUCAACAUCCCCCGCAGGGAGAAAGACUUCCAGGGAAUGCUGGAGUACAAGAAGGAGGAUGAGAUGAAGCUGGUUAAGAAUCUCAUUCUGGAGCUGAAGCCUCGCGGCGUAGCAGUGAAUCUGAUCCCAGGUCUGCCAGCCUACAUCCUGUUCAUGUGUCUGAGACAUGCAGACUACGUCAACGACGAUCAGAAAGUUCGGACUCUGCUCACGUCGACCAUCAACAGCAUCAAGAAGAUCCUCAAGAAACGAGGUGAUGAUUUUGAGACCGUCUCGUUCUGGCUGGCCAACACCUGCCGCUUCCUGCACUGUCUGAAACAAUACAGUGGAGAUGAGGGCUUCAUGAAGCACAAUACAUCCAGGCAGAAUGAGCACUGCCUGUCCAACUUUGACCUGGCAGAGUACAGACAGGUGAUCAGUGACCUGGCCAUCCAGAUCUACCAGCAGCUGGUUAAAUGCAUGGAGAACAUCCUGCAGCCAAUGAUAGUGUCUGGGAUGUUGGAGCACGAGACCAUCCAGGGCGUGUCCGGAGUGAAGCCCACGGGUCUCCGCAAGCGGACAUCCAGCAUCGCCGACGAGGGCACCUACACCCUGGACUCCAUCCUGCGGCAGCUCAGCGCCUUCCACUCCACCAUGUGCCAGCACGGCACCGACCCCGAGCUCAUCAAGCAGGUGGUGAAGCAGCUCUUCUACAUCAUCGGAGCCGUCACGCUCAACAACCUGCUGCUGCGCAAGGACAUGUGCUCCUGGAGCAAAGGCAUGCAGAUCAGGUAUAAUGUGAGCCAGCUGGAGGAGUGGCUCAGAGACAAAGGGCUGAUGAACUGUGGAGCCAAAGAGACCCUGGAGCCUCUCAUCCAGGCCGCCCAGCUGCUGCAAGUGAAGAAGAAGAAUGAAGAAGACGCCGAGGCCAUCUGCUCCAUGUGCCACGCCCUCACCACCGCUCAGAUCGUAAAGGUCCUGAACCUCUACACUCCAGUCAACGAGUUCGAGGAGAGAGUUUCAGUCGCCUUCAUACGAACCAUACAGACCCGCUUGCGAGACCGCAGCGAGAGCCCCCAGCUGUUAAUGGACACCAAAAUGAUCUACCCGGUCACCUUCCCCUUCAGCCCGUCCUCCCUCGCCCUGGAAACCAUCCAGAUCCCCACCUCCCUCAACCUGAGCUUCCUCACCAGGGUUUGAGCUGAAAAAUCCCCAGCCGCGACCGCCGCUGCCACCUACUGGCCCGAGACAGAUUAUAAAUAAUAAUUAUAGUAAAAGCACUUCAAUAAAAUGUGGAUGAACACAACCUGAAGAAACAUUUUCUGUCCAAACGCUGUCAUGCACACACAUCGGUGUCACUUUCUAGCUUGUGUCGCUCGGAAACACGCGCUACUCGCCCCGUGCUCUCCAUUAAACGCCUGUAAAAACGCCUUGACGCUUAGAGACGCCAUUGGAUCAUCAGCAAGAGGGUUAGUGUUACCGAUCCUCCCUCAGUGUCUCCCGUCAUCGUUAAGCUAGCUGCUGUUCACGUCUGAAUCACGAGAGCAAAGCAGGCAGGGAUCUCAUCACACAGAGCUGAUUAGCAAACUAUUGUUUUCUGAUGCAAAAACAGCCGAGCGAUCGGGUUUUAUCCCCUCUGAGCACAGUCAAGCCAAGACGAGACAAAACUCAUUGUCUGUACUAUAUUAUUUAUACACAAAGAUAUAAAUAUAGAAAUAAAUAAUAUAUAUCCUGUAUUUUAUUUAUUGAAAUUACGUUGCCAGCCUCAAUAUUUAAAGAAUAUGAACAGCUUUGCUUUAGCUGCACUGACGUACAAUAUUUAUGUCCUGAUAGAUCAAUUAUAUCAUAGUUGGAAGGUCUGGCACAAAUUUUGAUUCGCUGUUUCUUUAAUUCAGAUGUUUAAUGUUUAUUUCGGGCAGAAGUGAGGAGAGUCUACAUGAAGGGUUAAACUCUGCUUAGGGCUUUAACCUGCGAUGAGGUCCACUGUUUACAGCUCUGACCAGAACCAAGAAGACAAACCAGGAACAUUUACACUACGGAAGCCCCAAUGUGCCACAAAUUCAUAAAUCAAAACCUACUUACAUAUGUCAUUAUUAAAGUCGCUGCAUUUUAUAAAUAAGUAAAUUCCUGAUUAUGCAUCUCAAUUGUGAAUAUAUGAAUCAUUAAAUGUGAAAUUCUGUAAUUAGUCAUAUUUGAUUGUAUUUUAGCGUUAAGUUUGUGAAUGUCAGUAAUCAGUAAGCGCUGCUCCAGUUUCCUGCACAGCGUUGGCUCCGCCCAAUAGCAAACGAGAAAUUACCAACAUUUAUGCUUUUCAUAUAAAAUGCUUAUGUUUGCCAUAUAUUUUUGAAGACAUUACUUGCAUAUACUUCUAAUUAUGAUGAAUUUGAACACACUGAACUAAUCAAGUGAUUUAUUUAUUGAAUUGUGUCACUUUCGGACUUCCAUAUUCACCAUACCACCACUGCAGUAAAAGCACAGAUCUGUACGUACGACAUUACACUCAGUUUCUGUUUCCCCUCACAUUCUUCUGGUCAAGGCCUUGGAAAAUGUACCCGUUUAUCUUCGUGUGCGUAUUUAUUUCAGUAUUGCCGUUUGUUUAGGGUUGUUUGUAUUGUAAAGCCAUAUUACUGAGGAGAAUGAAGAGAGAUUUGUUGUUCUUUUAAGUACGUGUUACAGAAAUUGCUUGAUAUCUGUUCUAUGUUACAUUUUCUCUGCUUUACGCCCACUUUUGCCUUCCUGUUUUUGUGACACAACAUGGGCAUUUGCUACAAAUAACCAACAGAUUAUUUUUGAUCACCGCUGUCAUUUUAACUGCUGGCUCAGUGCUUAUCCGUUAGUCUUUUUUUUUUUAUUCACUGGACAGAUUGUUUAGCUUCAGAUAUCUUUAUGUACUUGGUACUUUAGCAAAGCAUAUAAGGCAUGAAGUGCUGCUGCUUCGUUUCUGUAACCUGCAUGGUUUAGGCUUUCCAGAUGUCAACAGCUUGAGGAGCCUGCAUGUUAGGAAAACUAAGGAGUGGAGUUGAGUCCACCAGGAAAUCUGCCCAUGUUGUGACAAAGACUCUUCAGUCUUCCUCUACUCUGUCUUUUCUGCACUUUCAGCCUACUUCCUGUUGUGCCAUUAGUACCUAAAGUGAGCCAUGUUCUGCCUCUUCUCCUCCUCUUUUGAUCAUUAUUUCACCAAAAACCCGACGCUUAGUAAAACAUGGUUUCUGUUUGGAUAGUCCAGUUGCAAAGUUUUUGUUGGAACUGGACUUUUGAGGCAAAUGAGAUGGGAAAAAAAGAAAGCAGAGACACAAAAUGAGGCAGAGAAAUCUCAGUAAACCAGAGGAGUUGCAUCUUGUCGGACAUCCUGAUUGGAUUAAAGAGAAAGUGCUACGUUUAGAGCUGCACCAAUCAAACUGCUUAAUAACGUAAUCUGCUUACUUUUUUUUUUUUUUUGGUAGGUCUAUCACUGAAAAACUAGUCAUUUAAAUGCAUCAAACACUAUCUUCAAUCAGCAGCGUUUAUUUUAAUUAGCUUUAUCUUGAAGAAAAAUCAAAGGUCUUUAUGCUUUCAUUUUUAUAUGUAGCCCUAGAAUAAAAAAUCUAAAUCGGUAAAAAUAUAUCGACCUGAGACAUCCUGACCGGAGCAUCGGUUGUGACUUUUUUACAUUAAGAACAUCCAUCUGCUCUCACUGGGACCACAUCUAAUAAUUCAGCCUUUUGUUUGUCUUGGUUUGUUUAUUGUGCAACAUUUCUGGCUUGUGCCAAGAGGUCAUAUCUGCUGGUUGUGUUUUUGAAGGACAGCAACAAAGGAGUCGAUCUACCAUUUGAAUGUUCAUGUUCUAACAAGUGUAUCAUGAUUUUUAGCUGCACAUUGUAGAAGAAGCCUUAUCUGACUUUACUGGUUAUGUGAAUGACUUACACACACACACAUUGUGACAUUGUGUUUUCCCAGUACAGGUUUUUUUUUUUGUUCUCUCGCUGUUAAAUGAGUAGAAGUUGUAUAAAAUGUGAUCAUGCUGUUCUGAUGACGCCUCUUCUUGUCCUACAGCUGGUGUAACACGGAUGGUUUGAACUGUUUAUUGAUGAGUAUGGACUGGAAAAACUGAUUUAAAAAAAAAAAAUAAAUCCCCGGCUCAAUGGGAGCUGCGACGCUCACACAAUCGGUUGGUUUAUUUCAGAAGAAAACGCCAUCAUUGCUUUGGUCUCCAUUUCCACACCAAGCAGACAGCUGCUUGUAAAAUACGACCCAGACGUUAUAAAUAUUCAUUGUUCUCAUCAGCACUAGAGUUAAUUGUGCCGUUUAAAUAAACAACAACAAAAAUACAAAUAGUUCAGAGGCCGAGCUGUGGCGGUACUGGUGCAAACAUGCUGAAGCCGGUGCCGGGUGUUUCCCUCUUUAAACCAGUGUGUACAUUUGACGAACUGGACUGUUUGUAGUUUCUGGUAGCUGUGCUUCGUGAAUGUGUUCACCGUUAGCAAACUUGGAAUAAAAUUUCAACUCUGUAAGUAAAAUAAAAGAAUUCAGCACUG